AUGGCGGAAAAACGAUUGUUGUGCGACGUUGAAAGCCAGGGCGAAAAUAGAGGUAAGACCUUUAUUAAUGUGAGAUUUCUUUUAUUAAUUUUUAAAAGGAACAUUAUUUUAUGCUAUUAAGAAACUUUUUACGAAAGUAGCAUCCCGGCGUAUUUGAGAAAAUAAGUUAGUUUUUCAAUUAUUUUAAUGUGAGGGGCAUCAAAUUUUAUUACUUUACGCACGACAACAGAGGUUAAAAUCAAUGCCGUCUGAACACUAGGUAGGCCUAGAUAAAUUUGAUAGCUUAAAAAUGUGUAGAAUUUUUCUGACUUUAGUACACAAUAUAUACCAAGACCGGCUUUUACCGGCUUUUUUUGCUAUGCUUAAAUUUUGCAUUAACAUAAUUUUCUCGACAGCGCGUGAGAGCUAAAACAUAAAAAGUUUACAAAUCGCGGUCAAACUAAAAGUCAAUGUCAACAUUGCAACACAAUUUUUCAGUAAAUUAAAUUCUUAAAAAACUAUAGGUGAACAUAAGGGGCGGACCAUUAGAAAAGUGAUGGGGAAACAAAAAAAAAAUUCGUGCAAGGUGAAUUAACUUUAAAAAAAAUUCCUGCAUGAUCAAAUGCGAGGAAAAAAAAUUCCUGCAGAGCGCAAUGAAAAAUAUAAUUAAAUCAUUGUUGGCGAGAUUGUUCAUUGUUGGAAAACAGGGCCAAGCUUUAUUUUAUUCUGGACUUGCAAUCCACGAUGUUAGUCAUCUUUCAACAAAAAUAGGUUGUUUAAUAUCUUCUAUAGACGUCUAUAGAAGAUUAUAGAAUGGUGGGCCAUGUAGCCGCAAAUUCAAUUGCGGUGCCUUUGGCUUUGCAUCAUUUGGAAUGGUAUAUAAGAAUUGGACGGCUUCAUGUAAUCAUGUAUGUCUUUUAAUCAGAGUCAGACACAGGUAUUAAACUGACUCGCACAGAGAUACUACUGAAAUAGUAAAUUCGUAAAAUAGAUUGGAACUUGAAGUUGAAAACGUAUUUUGUAUAAAAUAUGUGUUUUUAAUAAAAAGUCUGGUAUUGGGGUUUGGCUUUGGGUGAAUGGGUGGGGCUAAGUCUGAGGAAAAUGAGAGAUCGUUGUCUUUUGACUCCAUGGCUGUAUCAAAAUAUAUAAUAGUUUUCUACAACUUUUCAAAAGUAAUUGUUCAAGGAAUUUAAUCACAUUAUUUAUUGAAAGAACAGAAAAUAGUUAGUCUUUUUCAUACGUUACUUGUGCUUUGUUAAGAAAACUUCUAGUUUCAUGGAAAAAAAAAUUCGUGCAAAUAAUUUGGUGCCAAAAAAAAAUUCCUGCAACGUCUGCAACGCCAAAGCAGUUGAAAAAAAUAUCGUGCAUGCAAGAAAGGUCCCACCGCCCCCAUCACUUUUCUAAUGGUCCGCCCCUAAUUGUUUUAAGAAUUUUUAACCCUGUCAGCAUAAUUUAUUUAUAUUACUAACACUUUUCUAUAAAUCCAAUGAGAAGUGUCUUUUCAAAGCGGGCAAAACUUAUUUUUAUAUAUACAUUGCAUUAAUGUUCUCGUUUACUUUUUUCAUGCAUGGACAAAAAUGUCUUGUUGAUAUUUCAACAUACUGUCUCAUGUACGAACUAUAACUGUUUACCACAAAAUUUACAGUUAUAAUGAUAUAUAGUAUCAUAUAAUUUAUGUUUUUUAGCAACAGAAAGUCGGCUUUUUUGUUAAAACAUGAUUUUCCGGCUUGGUAUUGACAUGGUCUUACAUGAAACGACUGUUAUUAAGCCAUUAAUUUAUUUUGCAGGAAGCGCGGAAAAAACGUUUCGACUUGUAUCUUUUUAUCUAGGUGAAAAACGUUGCCUGAAAUUUUGCACAGUUAUUAAUAAAGUUAUGGAAAAUCAAUUUUUAUUAAAACGAAGACCGGCUUUUUUGUUAAAUCACAACUUUUCGGCCUGGUUUUACCAUGGUAUCACUCGAAAGGACAAGGUCAAUGUAGCCAUGUUUGGCCAUGAAACUCAAACCGCGGAAAAAAAUCUUUUUAUUUAUAUCUUUUUUCCUAGGUGAAAAACUUUGCCUGAAAUUUUGCACAGUUGUUAAUAAAGUUAUGGAAAAUCAAUUUUUAUUAAAACGAAGACCGGCUUUUUUGUUAAAUCACAACUUUUCGGCUUGGUUUUACAAUGGUAUCACUCGAAAGGACAAGGUCAAUGUAGCCAUGUUUGGCCAUGAAACUCAAACCGCGGAAAAAAAUCUUUUUAUUUGUAUCUUUUUACCUAGGUGAAAAACUUUGCCUGAAAUUUUGCACAGUUGUUAAUAAAGUUAUGAAAAAUCAAUUUUUAUUAAAACGAAGACCGGCUUUUUUGUUAAAUCACAACUUUUCGGCUUGGUUUUACAAUGGUAUCACUCGAAAGGACAAGGUCAAUGUAGCCAUGUUUGGCCAUGAAACUCAAACCGCGAAAAAAAAUCUUUUUAUUUGUAUCUUUUUACCUAGGUGAAAAACUUUGCCUGAAAUUUUGCACAGUUGUUAAUAAAGUUAUGGAAAAUCAAUUUUUAUUAAAACGAAGACCGGAUUUUUUGUUAAAUCACAACUUUUCGGCUUGGUUUUACCAUGGUCUCACUCGAAAGGACAAGGUCAAUGUAGCCAUGUUUGGCCAUGAAACUCAAACCGCGGAAAAUUUUUUUUUUAUUUAUAUCUUUUUUCCUAGGUGAAAAACUUCGCUUGAAAUUUUGCACAGUUGUUGAUAAAGUUAUGGAAAAUCGAUUUUUAUUAAAACGAAGACCGGCUUUUUUGUUAAAACAUGAUUUUUUAACCUGGUUUUGACCUGGUCUCACAUGCAACAACAUUAAAGGCGCUAUCAGCCAUUUUUACUCAUGAAACACGAAGCGCGGAAAAAAUGUUUCGACUUGUAUCUUUUUAUCUAGGUGAAAAACGUUGCCUGAAAUUUUGCACAGUUAUUAAUAAAGUUAUGGAAAAUCAAUUUUUAUUAAAACGAAGACCGGCUUUUUUGUUAAAUCACAACUUUUCGGCUUGGUUUUACAAUGGUAUCACUCGAAAGGACAAGGUCAAUGUAGCCAUGUUUAGCCAUGAAACUCAAACCGCGGAAAAAAUCUUUUUAUUUAUAUCUUUUUUCCAAGGUGAAAAACUUUGCCUGAAAUUUUGCACAGUUGUUAAUAAAGUUAUGGAAAAUCAAUUUUUAUUAAAACGAAGACCGGCUUUUUUGUUAAAUCACAACUUUUCGGCUUGGUUUUAACAUGGUCUCACUCGAAAGGACAAGGUCAAUGUAGCCAUGUUGGGCCAUGAAACUCAAACCGCGGAAAAAAAUCUUUUUAUUUGUAUCUUUUUACCUAGGUGAAAAACUUUGCCUGAAAUUUUGCACAGUUGUUAAUAAAGUUAUGGAAAAUCAAUUUUUAUUAAAACGAAGACCGGCUUUUUUGUUAAAUCACAACUUUUCGGCUUGGUUUUACCAUGGUAUCACUCGAAAGGACAAGGUCAAUGUAGCCAUGUUGGGCCAUGAAACUCAAACCGCGGAAAAAAUGUUUCGACUUGUAUCUUUUUUCCUAGGUGAAAAACUUUGCCUGAAAUUCCGCACAGUUGUUAAUAAAGUUAUGGAAAAUCAAUUUUUAUUAAAACCAAGACCGGCUUUUUUGUUAAAUGACAACUUUUCGGCUGGUUGUGCCAUGGUCUCACUCGAAAGGACAAGGUCAAUGUAGCCAUGUUUGGCCAUGAAACUCAAACCGCGGAAAAAAUGUUUCGAUUUGUAUCUUUUUUCCUAGGUGAAAAACUUCGCUUGAAAUUUUGCACAGUUGUUGAUAAAGUUAUGGAAAAUCGAUUUUUAUUAAAACGAUGACCGGCUUUUUUGUUAAAACAUGAUUUUUUAACCUGGUUUUGACCUGGUCUCACAUGAAAGACAUUAAAGGCACUAUCAGCCGUUUUUACUCAUGAAACACGAAGCGUGGAAGAAAUGUUUCGACUUGUAUCUCUUUUCCUAGGUGAAAAACUUUGCCUAAAAUUUUGCACAGUUGUUAAUAAAGUUAUUGAAAAUCGAUUUUUAUUAUAAAGAAGACCGGCUUUUUUGUUAAAACACAGCUUUUCGACUUGGUUGUGCCAUGGUCUCACUCGAAAGGACAAGGUCAAUGUAGCCAUGUUUGGCCAUAAAACUCAAACCGCGGAAAAAAUGUUUCGAUUUGUAUCUUUUUUCCUAGGUGAAAAACUUCGCUUAAAAAUUUGCACAGUUGUUGUUGAAGUUAUUUAAAAUAGUUUUUUCUACAAAAGAAGACCGGCUUUUUUGUUUUUUACCGGCACUAUCUGCGAUUUCUACUCAUGAAACACGAAGCGCGGAAAAAAAUGUUUCGACUUGUAUCUUUUUCAGUUCUCUAUGACGUUAAAAGAUAGUCCCAAGCUAUAGACUCGCAGGAAAAACCGUAUCUGUAGAAAAAAUAUCCGUUUCAACCGAGGUUUCAACCACUUUAUGUCUUUAAAAGUGUACUGACCUUUUCAGGCUGUUGUAGACAAACCACAUUUUCUUUACAAUUUUCCCUCUUGACUUGGCAUAAACUUUAAGUACAUAAAUCUCGCAUUCCAUAUAGUUCAUCCCAGAGGUAAAUCGUUUUGGUGUUCAUUUGCAAAUGAGUUUCAACUAGCCCAUGUUUCUUAUUUUAACUCUUGCCGUGUCUUUCCAAAUGUUAAUAUUCGAAUGAGCCAUAAUUCGACAGCGCAAGGCAUAUAAAUUUUCUUCACUUUGCAUGAUCGAGAAACUCCAUGGCUACUCGAAAGAAAGCCACUUGAUGCAUGUCACCCAUAAUUAAUGUCCAAAAAAUAUAACCCAGAUAUAAUAAGCAUGUCUUUUUAAUACUUUCAUCCAUCAUUUUAGAAGAAACCAUUCAUUUUUGAUGCUUUAUAAACGUAUUUCGUUCGAAAGUCGAAACGUGUUUUUGUUUUAUAAAUUAUUACACCACGUUGAGCAUGCGCAAGCAUGAUGGCAUUGCUCAUGUGAUUGCGCACGUGGAAUUGUCAACAGUGACCAGAAUAUAGUAACUGGAGUCCCAUUCCAAGCAGGGCUCUAUAAAAAAUCCAGAGUUUUGUCAUUUACAUUUAAUUAUUUUUAUUCCAUAUAUAGAUAAUUCUGAUGGUGACUUAUUUAUUAAAUGUCCUCCGAAACGACCGUGUUUAGCGUCGCUAGAUGUUAAUACGGUGGUUAGCAGUUCUGUCAGAACCAAUUGUUCCAUGUCUGUUGCGGAGCAUUCAAGUAAUAUUCCAAUUGGCGGAUUGUCUGGAGAUUCACGAGAACAUGCUGAAUGUAUUGAAAAAGCACCGGUACCGAAUUUCGCAGAACGAUUAGAGAACUAUUUUAUAUCAGGCACGCCGUUAUGCCCUGAGGAGUUACUUAUUUAUUCGCUAAUGAAAUUGCAAUUUAAAACUUACACAUUCAAUAGGCAUCAUUCAAUAUCUCAAUACGUAAAAAUUGCCGAUGUUGUAUCUACAAUAUGCGGUGCCCAGUUUGAACCCACUUCAAUGCGAAGGUUCUUUCCAAGAAUAGCAAAUAAUGAGCUGAAAUCGAAUGUCGGAAAGGAAAACGGAAAGGUGAGAUGGAGCUAUUUUGGUAAGCAGAUUGAUGAAUUAAUAUGUGUUUCAGGGAAAGACCUUGAGCAAAUGUUAAAUAGUUCUAAAACAACGCCAGAAGAUGUCAUCGUGAGAACAAGUGAUCAGUUAAGAAGAAUAUGUUCUACUGUCGUGAUCAACCCCGAGCUGCAACCAAUUGCUCACACACCCAACUUUAGUAACCAGUUUUUUAACUUAGUAAAACCACUACUAGCAACGCCUACCACAUCACGCUGGGUGCCAUGGUUUGAUUCGGCGAAGGAAAUUUGCCACGUAUACCGUUUCGACGAAUCGCCAGGGUAUGCCGAAGUAGAGAUCCGCGUGCUGUCGACUGGUGAAUGGGUGUUUUAUUCCAGUAAGAUCGAAAAAAACAAGUCUAAAGUUGAACUUCUACAUAGUAUUCCAGCUAAAUUAAAUAACAUUUCGGAUUUGGCCGAACUAAUUAAAAAAAUCGAUGUGUGCAAAUUUUGCGUUGGUUGUGGAAAUCCAAAUGACUACAAAGACUUGAAUAACGACAAACCAUACAUUUACAAAAAGAAAGAUGGUACAGAUGGUGUUCGUCUGGAGGAGAAUACAGUGUUUUCAGCAGAUUGUAAAGUAUUGGUACCAACAAAUUCGACAUCGCCUUGUGAAGCGUGUCAAACAUCCCGUCACUACCUAAGAACGUUGGUAUCUCGAGGCAAUACAGAAGAAACUGCGGCGCAGAAUAAGGCAAAAGCAAGGUACGACUACAAGUCCAGAGGUGAGCUCUUAGAAAUUGCUAGAGAAUCGGCGAAAACCAUCAAACGUCUUAAAACGCAAAAUCGACGACUGGAAGACUUCAGAGAGAAAAUGGUAAAUGUUGGUCCAAAUUCGAAUGAGGAUCUAAAACAGAUGUUCGUAGAGUUGCAAAGUGGUCUUGAUGAGAACCGAAUGAAAUUAAAAAACCCCGUUUGUCAAUGGGAUGGCUGUCAUGCUACACGAUUUGAAAACGUGGAAGAACUCUAUCGACAUUGCAAAAGUCACGUUGACCGGAUUGAUACAGGUGUCGUUCCUCCGAUACAGAGAUGUUAUAACUGCAAGUGGAAUGGAUGCAAGAAGCAAUAUUCAAAAUUAAAACUUCUUGAAAACCAUAUAAGAGAACAUACUGGUAAUUUAAAUGAAGAGUUCCUCGAAAUACUUCUAUCAGAUCAAGCAAAGGCUAUAAAGACAGAGUCGAGGCAAAUGCGAUGGCAUCCCAUGGUUAUCAAAUGGUGUCUUAGAAUCUACUUAAAGUCCCACAGAUUAUACGAUGAUCUGCGACAUUCUGGCGGUCUAAAGUUGCCAAGCGGGAGAACCCUGUCAGCAUAUAAUAAUUUCUGUGCACCAAAAUCUGGUUGGCAAACAGAAAAUCUUCGCCUUAUGAAGGAAAGUUUUGAUCGAAUGAAACCUCCAAAACAUGCACAAAUUGGAGGACUAUUUUACGACGAAGUGAAAAUCAACGAGGGUCUUGUCUUUGAUCAUAGAAGUUGGGAGCUUAUUGGUUUUACUGAUCUGCAAGAUAAUGACCUUACUACUACCAUCUCUGAAGAAAGGGCCUUGCCUCGGUCGCCAUCAGAUAAUUUGGCCACUCAUGUAUUACAGUUCUUCUUUCGCUCCACAUUCUUCAAAUUUGAUUUUCCUUGUGCUUUUUUCCUCACCCAGAACACAACUGCCUUGCAACUUAAUCGACUAUUUUGGCUUGGUGUGAGCAUGUUGCAUACCUAUGGAUUUGAAGUCAUUUUGUCAUGCUGCGAUGGCGCCUCUUCGAACAGAUCAUUCAUAGUCUUAAACACUGGAGACAAUAACAGUUGUCUCUGUCACAAUCGAUUUUCUGGGAUGCCAAUAUUCUUUUUUUCAGACCCUCCCCACCUCAUAAAGAAACUAAGAAACAACCUAUACACCAGUGGUCAUAAAUCGGAACACCCUCGGUACACCCGUUCCCUGUUUCUUAGAGAUAAAUACAUACUGUGGGAUCAUAUCUAUUCGGUUUAUAAACGAGAAACGCAGAGACAUCUUUACGUUACGGACAUGCGAAAGGCACAUGUGACCAUCGACAGCGUUAGUAAGAUGCGUGUGAAACUUGCGGUUGAUACAUUGUCACUCAAAGUAGCACAUGAAAUGGAAGCGUGCGAUAAGAAGACCACCGAGGAGACCAGGAAGUACAUUACGAUGUGUCAAACGUUUUGGAGCAUUUUUAACGACCCGAUACCACUGAAGACAGUUGACGACGCUCGCAUAUCAAAACUGGAUGGAGUGGUGCAGUAUUUUUACGAUUGGGAAAGCUGGCUGUCACAAAAGUAUGAAACGAAGGCUGAACAAGCCCAGCACUACAUAUCAUGGCAAACAAAAUUCGAUCUCCAAGUAAGAAUGUGUUUUACUUCAGUCUUGGUUAUCCUUCUUUACACUUAGAAAUCUUAUAUUAAUUUUACCGUACAUAUGCUCACUACUCAGUAUGCCCAUAGCCACAGUACAAACCAGGGUGUUAUAAAACAGUUUUAUUGAGCCCCUAGUACAAACAGCCAAAAUGAACGCGUUAUUAGACCAUUAUUAUGCUACUCUGUAAUUGUGUUCUUUUUUGUGUAGGGUACUGUCAGUGCAUUAAAAGAACUGGUGAAAUACAUACACACGAACGAUUUUACGAGUAAAUACGGUGAAGGCCUAUACCUCAAUUUAAAACGCAUUAGUCAAGAUCACGUCGAGUCUUACUUUUCUGCGCAAAGACAAAUGUGUGGAGGAACACAAAACAUGACGGGAUACACGUAUGGCUACAACAUUAACACCCUAAAUAGUAUACGUUCUUCGAGAUUGCUCAUGAAAAAACAGACAAACGUUUACGAAGUCUCUGAAGCACUACCCUUCCUCAACAACACGGAACAAUUACCGAAACGCAGAGUUAAUGAAACGAUCUGGGAUUCUGUUCCAUGGUGUGUUAACGUUUAA